AUGGAUAACUUUUCUAUACGCAGCAGAUACGCACCUAUUAGCAAUACCAACAGCGUCCCGCGUCUCAUCUGGGCCACAAUUGUUGGAAAUGCCGACCUAGCACUCACCUCACUCCAGGAGGGCGACGACCCCAACGUUUGCCUCCCCGACACUCUACAAACCCCCCUGCACCUCUCAAUACUUCAUAACCACCCCACAAUCUUCCACCAUCUCCUCGCCUUCAACGCAUCCAUCACUGCCGUGGACUGCAACCACCGCACGCCGCUCCACUACGCCUGCGAUGCCGGCAAGGACUUUCCCGCCGCCAAAAAGCUCCUCGAGCUGGGCGCCUCCAUAAACGCUCACGACGACACACUGUGCACGCCGCUGCACCUUGCAAUCAGAAUCCGGGGUUACUAUUCCACAGAGCUGAUACAGCACCUUCUCGAGCGCGGCGCGGACGUGAACCACUACGAUAACAAUGGACGUACGCCGUUACACAAGGUGGUCAAAGACGGACACUACAAUAUCGCUGAGAUGCUGCUACGACGUGGCGCAUCCGUGGACGUGACAGACCAUGAGAAGAAUACGCUCUUGCACGCCGCGGUGAAAUGCUACGACCCUAUGGAGUCUUUGGAGAUGUUGAAGCUGCUCCAGGCAUGGGGCGCUGGCGCGGUAGUCAAUCAGACGGAUGAGAACGGGAGCACCCCGUUGCACUGGGCGGUACUUGGGGAGUGCGUCGAGAUUGUAUACCUGCUACUUGAGUGUGGGGCGAAUAUCAAUGCACUUGAUAAGUGGGGCCGCACACCGUUAGAUAGGGCGAUCUUGGAUCUCAUGGGUAUGUUGGAGGAAGCGCAGUCAGAUGGGAUGAAGAACGCGCUGAAGGAGCGCGGUGGGUUGAUGGGAAAGGACCUUGUUAAGCCAAUUGAGACGAAGCAGGCCAAAAAUGAGGGAGCUGUCGGGUUCACUAUGAAGGGCAUCAUGUUGAGGAGUAGGAAGAGCAAUGCCCAGAUUGGCGCAACUAGAGUGGAGUCAGAGAGAGGGCGCUCUGGUGAUAGGAGUUCGACUAGGGCGGAAGGCGCCCUAAGGAAUUUGCUUCCCCGAAGUAAGAUAUGA